CGUCUAUGGUUCUGGGUGGCUAACCUUAAAAAUAUUUCAUGUUCUACGAUUUUUACAUCUGACAGAAAAACAAAGUUGUAAAUGAUUUCUGUUGGAGGCAAAUUAUAACAAAGAUUAAUAAUAAUAUCAAUAUAUUCUUUCUAGAUAAUCAAACUGGUGAUUAUUUUGAAUGAAAUCAUGGAUAAAACGCCGAAAGGAAAAUCAUUAAGGUUUAUUAGAUCGAACGACAAUAAACCAAAUUCUAAUUCUAGUCCUGUAAAAGAGGCAAAAAAACAAAGAUUCUGGAAUCACGAACCCGAUAGUCAAGAAAAUGUAGAUGUAUCGUGGGAUUGGGACUCCCCUAAAAAUAUAAGACCGAAAGUUUUGAGGGUAAAAAAGAGGGAAAUUCAAAUUCACAAAUCACCAAUAUUAGCCCCCAAAAAAACAUCACAAAAAGAUCACAUUAAAAAUUAUGAAAAAUUGAAACAGGAAUUACAAGCUCUAAGAGAUGAAAUAGCCAGAACAGAUGAUUGUUUGCCUCUUUCACCUGUUGAUGAACAAAUGUUUAGAGAAGAGAGUGUCAACACCGACAUCAAUUCUUUCAUUGAAGAACAAUAUUAUCAUAUUGAAAAUCAAGAGAUAGAGGCACUGAAAACUGAAAAACAAAUUACCAAGCAAUGUGUUAAUAAAACAGUGAAUGAGUUAUUUGAUGAUGAUUAUGAUGAACAAUUAUAUUUAUGUACUCAAAUGAUUGAAGAAAAUCUAAAUGGGUUUAAUAAAACUGAAAAUUAUAAAAUAAAUGGAAAUCACACUAUAUAUACGAAUGAUGUGAAUAAGAAUAUCGAGAUCUCUUCUAGUGAAAAACAACAUGCACAGAAUUCAGAAGAUGCAGGUUGUAGUAAUUUUAUAUCUGUUGAUCUUGUUAAUAGAGAGAAAAAUUUGGAAUCUAAAUCAAUAGAUGAUUCUUUUGAUGCUCUCUUACUAGAAUUCAAAGAUGAAGACAUUGAUACACUUUCUCAAACAACUGACAAACACUCAUCAAUAGUACCUCACAAAUUUCAAAGUAAAAAUACAACGAAUUUAAGCUUCAAGAGAACAAUUUCUGAUGCUAAUGUGCAGUAUAUUUCUCAAGCAUCUGCUCCCCCUACGUUACACAAAACUGGUUUUCAGAGAACACAAAGUUUUGAUAAUGACAAUUUACCCAAACAUGUUAUGGAAGAUAUUGAAAGGAAACGUAAAGAAGCCUUAGCUAGACUUAUGGAAAGAAAAGACAAGGAAAAACGAUUACUCUUAACACCUACUAACUCUAGUAGCGAUAAUUCAAUUAUGAAAUGUUCUCCAGAUGAGAUUGAGAAAAAGAGGCUUCAAGCGAAGGCAAUAAGAGAAGCCAAACAAAGGGAUAUCAUAGAAAGGAACAGACAAGAGGCCAUAAGGAGGUUAAAAAUGAAUAGGCGUAAAAGAAUGGAAAAUUCAAAAACGCAAUAAAGAAAUAUGGAGAUUUACCUUUGUGAUAAUUGAAAUAUGAUAAAUCAGUAAUAAUCAGCAUUGUUAUUGUUUGUGGAAGAAAAAAAUGUUAACCAAAUAUUUUUUUAUUGAAAAGAUUUUUACAAAAAAUGUAUAUUCAUUUCAAGUAUAUGUAUACAUAAAUUAGACAAUGUUAAAAUCGAGACUUCUUCUCUCCAUUCGAUACAUUCUUUAAUUCUGUGGAAAAUUGGCAGCAGCAAUACAAAGCCAAUAUUAAAAUCGUAUUGCUGGUAAAACUAGCUGAAAAAAAGAUGCAACUUAAGUUCAAUAGAUCAUUUACUUGAUAUGAAAAAUUGUUUUGUUAUAUUAAAAGUAUACAUCCUUAUUUAUGAAUCAAUAUAAUCCUUUUAUAUGAUA